AUGGCCAUGUCGCAGGUUGUCAAAAUGAUGCUGACAAAGUUGGAUUGGUACGGGACAUUGUUCCCUCGGAUUCCUGUUCCCAUCCAAAAGGAAAUCGAACUGAAAUUUCGCGAGAAGACAAAGCUCGAUUAUCAGCGAGAACAUGGGGAUCGUGAGCCUGAGCGUGAUAGGCGUCGAACUCGAAGCAGAUCUCGGGACCGAAUCAGAGUGCGAUCAAAAGAGAGGGAGAGGGAUCGAGAAAGGUCUCGUGACAGGGACAGAACACGAGGGCGAUCACGAGAAAACGAACGGCCGCGUGAGAGGGCGCGAGACUCUAAGAUCCUUUGCGUUGCUCAUCCAACGAAGAAUUUGGUUGUUUAUAUGGCCAUUUGCGGCAGUAUUAAUACGAAAAGUGAAAUAAAUGUAGCUCACACCAAUAGAUCUGGAGAAGGCGUGAAGGAUGAAGAAAAUAAAGAUGAAAAUAUGACGGAUGAAGAUAAGGAAACGUCGCAGUCCUGGGAGCUAAGAGCCCUUUUGGCACGUUCUGCAUGUUUUCUCGAACUGCUAGAACCAUGGGAUAUAAAAAUUGAGAACCUGCGAUUUAGCGCUGACUGGUUUGAGCCGGCCGCGCAAUUGACAAGCCGCUAG